AUGUCUUCUUCAGAUCAAGAUGAAGGUGAAAUGAAGAGAUUUGCUAAUUGGAUACUUGAUGUUAGAAAUGGAAAUAUUGGUUCUGUUGUUGGUGAUGAAUCAGAAAUUACAUAUAUUUUUAGAGUAGGGGCAAUUCUUGCACCCACGCUUAAGAGUGUCGAAAAGGUAAACGAUUUCGUCUUGACAAUCUUUCUAGGGAUGGAAAAGAAGUAUUUGAGUUUUGACACAGCAUGUCAAGCUGAUGAGAAUGAAGAUGUACAACAAGAGUGGUUCACACCAGAGUUCCUAAAUGACAUCAAAUGUUCGGGACUACCCAAUCACAAGUUGACUUUAAAACCGGGAGUCGCUAUAAUGCUACUGCGAAAUAUAGACCAAACUUCAGGUUUAUGCAAUGGAACAAGAUUAAUAGUUAACGAACUUGGAAACAACGUAAUUGGAGCGACAGUUAGGGCUGGAAUAGUGACUGGUAGAAAUAUUAGAGAUAAAGUGUACAUUCCGAGAAUGAACUUGAUCCCUUCAGAUUCAGGAUUGCCAUUUAAGUUUCAACGGAGACAAUUUUCAUUAACAGUAUGCUUUGUAAUGACCAUUAACAAGAGUCAAGGUCAAUCAUUAUCACAUGUAGGACUUUACUUGUCAAAAUCAGUGUUCACUCAUGGACAACUUUAUGUUGCUUUGUCAAGAGUUAAGAGUCGCAGUGGCCUCAGGGUUUUAAUUCUGGACGAAGACGGCAAUCCAAAGUCAUCAACAAUAAAUGUCGUGUUCAAAGAAGUUUUUAAUAAUAUUUAA